GCGAGAGAAACACCAAAUCCAACGGAAACCCCGCGCUCCUAACUAUUGCGACACGGAGCGAGGAGCGCGGCGGAGGCUGGCGGCGAGACCGAGCCCCCGCACCUCGGAGCCGGCGGCCAGCCCGACGGUGGCCUCCAGCUCCCCCACCAUGAACACCAUCGUCUUCAGCAAGCUCAGCGGCCAGGUGCUUUUCGAGGAGGACGCCAAGGAGAGGGAGCGGAGCGGCCGGCCCUACGUGGGGGUGGUGGAGGGGCCGCACCACGCCGAGGUGCUUCUCCCCGACAGUCCGUCCAUCAAGGAGAGCCUCAGCCUGCGCAACCGGCGAACGGGGGCGCGGCAGAGCGGCGGGAAGGUGCGGCACAAGCGGCAGGCGCUGCAGGACAUGGCGCGGCCGCUCAAGCAGUGGCUCUACAAGCACCGCGACAACCCCUACCCUACCAAGACCGAGAAGAUUCUGCUGGCCCUCGGUUCCCAGAUGACCCUGGUGCAGGUAUCAAACUGGUUUGCCAAUGCAAGACGUCGGCUGAAGAACACUGUCAGGCAACCAGAUCUUAGCUGGGCUUUACGAAUAAAACUGUACAACAAGUAUGUUCAAGGAAAUGCUGAACGACUCAGCGUGAGCAGCGAUGACUCAUGCUCUGAAGAUGGAGAAAAUCCUCCAAGAAACCAUAUGAAUGAAGGGGGAUAUAACAAACCAGUUCAUCACACUGUGAUUAAAACUGAAAAUUCAGUAAUAAAAACAGGAGUGAGACCAGAAACAAGUGCCAAUGAGGAUUACGUGUCACCCCCCAAAUACAAAAGCAGCUUAUUGAAUCGUUACCUGAAUGACUCAUUGAGACAUGUCAUGGCUACUAAUGCAGCUAUGAUGGAAAAAACAAGGCAAAGGAAUCACUCUGGUUCAUUUAGUUCCAAUGAAUUUGAGGAAGAGCUGGUGUCCCCAUCAUCAUCAGAGACAGAAGGCAAUUUUGUCUACCGGACAGAAACUCUGGAGAAUGGACCAAAUAAGUGUGAAAGUGCAGCUAACAGAAAAGGAACCAGCAAAGAUGAAACGUACUGGAAGGAGAUCAACGCAGCUAUGGCCCUAACGAACCUUGCCCAGGGGAAAGAUAAACUGCAGGGAACUACCAGCUGCAUCAUUCAGAAAUCAUCACAUAUAUCAGAAGUAAAGACUGUGAAAGUGCCGUUAGUUCAGCAGUUUUAAGAGAUGGGUCCUACUUCUUUUUCCUGCCCAACGGACAUUUUCCUCACGGGAUUGGUUUUCAGCAAGAUCAGAUUCACAGCUCUGAGGCGAAUAGGUUCCCUUUUACAGUACGGUCAGUUUAAAAACAAACAAAAAAGUAAUAAUAUUCCUUCUGACUCAGACAUUUUCAUUGUACUAAAUGAAAUGUUCCAUUGCUUCUAUAAAAGGCAUGUAAAUUAUAAAAGAAACCCUGUUUUUAUCAAGACAUUAACUUAUUUUAUGUUAAUCAAAGUGCGCAUAAGAUGUUUGCAUUGCUAUUACAGUAAGUGCCUUGCUUUCAAAAAAAAUAAGCUAUAACGUGGGCAUGGUACACCAGUAUUAUGCCUCAAAAUGACAAUGCCAUAAUGCUUAAACUUUGUAUAUUAUUCCAAGUGGGCUUAAGCAGCCUAGGGCUGAACACAUUACUGCUGGAGGCCCUGGAGAGUUGUGCUUGUUUGACUUGUACAAAUCGACGAGUCGUAAUGAAAUCGUCACAUCAUUUUCUCUCUCUCUCUCUCUCUCUUUCUCCUUGUUUUUUUAAUCAACAGUGUUAUAAAAAUUGUACAGUAUGUUUUUGUCCAAGUGACAAUGGGGUUGUUAUGCAUGUUUCUUAACCUGUAUAUGCAGUAUAUUAAAAUACCAAAAUCAUUCCUUUGAAAAGUGCAAUACUCUAGAACACACAAAUUUAGGAAGUAAGUUAAUUAAUUGUUCAGAUUAUUUUGAACUUCUGCUCCCAGCUGUGUUGCUCGUUAAAAGAUUUCUAGUUGAGAAGAUUUUAGCUGUAACUUCAAGGUGAAUUUCCACAGUUUCAAAGCUUUGCUAGUGACUUAGUGAAGAUCUGAUAGAAACAAAAAAUUGAUUUCUUCUUGUACAAAAACUAAAUCUGUAGUACCGUUUAUUGUAUGCAGUGGAGCUCCAAAAAGUUUCCGUGGUGGAACUUGGCACUGUAACGUGGUUUAAACAUUUUUGUUUGGUAGGUACUGCAUAAAUGAGGACAGUUGGUUGACAGUUCACAGUUCAGUGAGGAAAAGCUCAGAUAUUAACUAUCAAAGCCCGAACUAGAAACACAAUGUGAAAUGAAGCAUUGAAAAAUCUCAGUAUUGAAGGUGGGAGGACCUCAAGGAGAUAGUAAACUAUGUAUUUAAUAUCAUGUCUCUAAACUUGACUGCUGUUGAGUGUAACAAAUGGCAUAAAACCAGGUUUAUUUUUACGUUUCAUUGGGAGUUGUACAAGUUAUUCUUAAGUCAUAUAACAAUAGUCUGACGAGGUUUACAGUGCUUGAAUAAACAGUGGCAAACCCAAACCCAAUUUACACAGAAUCAGUUACAGAAAACUGGAAUAGAGCUGAUUGUUGCUAGGAUUUGGAUAUUUUUUUUUUUUCCUGUGGGUAUCCUGUCGGGUUUUUUCCUACUUGUUCCUUUCCUUGCUUCUCUUUUUGGUGAGCCAUCAAUGAACAAGACAAGACUUCAGUCCUGCUCUCGCCAAGUUUAAUGGCAGAACUCCCACUUCAAUGGAAGCAGGACUGUGCUAAUGACGAAACUAACUUGCAAGUAGAGGCUGUUCCAGUUGCACUAAAAUAAUCAAGACACAUUGCAAGUAUCAGCCUUGGUGUGACUUCUUAGGAAACUUCUCGAUGUAACAUAACAUGUUGUUGAGUUUAUUUAGUGUACAAUGAAAAUGAUUUGAUAUGAAAAUAUUUUGUACAUAUAUAUUUUUACUUUGUUUUCUAAAUUGCUGAUUACAUUGACUUAAAAGUGCCAAGCAAGAAAUGUAUGUCAUGACUGUAUGAACAGUUGAAGUAUACCUUUUACUGACUUGCAUCAUUCUGUGUCCCAAGAUUCCACAACAUUAAUUUUUGAUACUUUACUGGAUUUUUGACAUAAUAAUGUGAGUUUAUAACUAAUAGCAGAGAGCUGAUACUUCACUUUUGUUCAUACUAUUAUAAGUUAUUCUGGUAUUAAAUAUUUUGUGACAAUAAAUUGACGGUUUGGACAAACUUUUCUGUUAGAAAUAGUCAGAGUGUUUUGGUCUGUAUAAAGGACAAUAAAAUUUGUCAUGUUUAAAAAA